GUGCCUGACCCGGGGACAAAACCUUGCAAGGCGCCGUUAUCACCAACAGGGCGCGCGUGGGUCGCCGCAAGAGUGAAGCUUACUCUGGACUGGUGGCAAGACUUGCAACAGCAGUAGCGGAGGAGAAAUCUCACGAUGGUGAACAUUAACCAGUUGGUGUGGACGCUGCUGGUCACUACCCUAACACUCAUCUCUUAUGUAGGCAUGUCAGUUGGCACAGAUGAGGGUAAUGAGAUGCGCCAGCAAGUGAGGAGUGGAAACAUACAAGGUGUGGCUGCUCUCUUAGAUGCUGGCACACCUGUAGAUGUAACUGAUGACAUCAAGAGAACUGGACUACACUGGGCAGCACGAGAUGGCCAUUUAAACAUUGCCAAGCUACUGUUGACCCACGAUGCUGACUUAACACUCACAGACAAAGAUGGCAGAAUACCACUCGACCUGGCGACUUGGCAAAAUUACCAGGACAUCAUAACACUGUAUGAAGAAAACUCAUUAAAAAAUAAUUACAUUGGAGGAUGUACCUUCAGUAGCCAAGUGUACAAGGACCAGGAGAAAUGGACCACACAUUGUCACCAACACUCCUGCAACUUUGGCAAUGUCAAUAGCACUAUUACGGACACAUGUUGUUCAGUGGGAGAAGACACAUACGAUAAUGGUGAGGAGUGGGAACAAGGAUGUCAUGGAUACCUCUGCCACUCUGGUUCUGCUGAAGCUCUUAAUGUAUUGUCUGUUUGUUGUGAGGUGAUGGGUGAUGUGUACCCGCCGGGAAACACCUGGAGUAAAGGCUGCCAUGACUACACUUGCAACUCUGGAUCUGUGACAACUUCUGUGGUGGACACAUGUUGUCAGGUGCUUGGGGAGGUGUACCCUGAUGGACACGGCUGGACUCAGGGGUGCCACAACUACACCUGUGUGUCUGGUUCACCAGAGACUUCUGCUGUGCUAGACAUAUGUUGUGAAGUAGCUGAUAAUGUAUACCCGGAUGGACACACGUGGUCACAGGGUUGUCAUAACUACACCUGCAUCUCUGGCACACCUGAGGCAGUUUCUGUGGUGGAAACCUGUUGUGAAGUGUUUGGUGAGGUUUAUCCUGACAGACUCAACUGGACUCUGGGCUGUAGCAACUACACUUGUAUAUCUGGUUCACUCAAAUUUCUUGCUACACUGGAAACAUGUUGUGAACAGUUUGGUGAGUUUUCCCCAGACGGUCACACAUGGAGCAAAGAUUGUAAAAACUAUACGUGUAACUCUGGCAUCCUGGUGACCAUCGGCGUUGUGGACACGUGUUGUCAAGUGGUGGAUGAGGUCUACCCUGAAGGAGAUUCAUGGGUACAGGAGUGCUACAACUACACCUGUAAUUAUGGCACACCAGAGAUUGUUGAGGUUAUAGACACAUGUUGUGAGGUGGGUGGGGAGGUCUACGAUGACUCACAGACUUGGACUCAAGGCUGCCACAACUACACUUGUAACUCUGGGUCACCGGAGACCCUCUCUGUACUGAAGACCUGUUGUGAGGUGGAGGGAGAGGUGUACCCUGAUGGCAGCGAAUGGACUCAAGGUUGCCACAACUACAGCUGCAGCUAUGGUUCACUGGAGACUCUCUCUACCCUGGAGACGUGUUGUCAAGUGGUGGAUGAGGUCUACCCUGAAGGAGAUUCAUGGGUACAGGAGUGCUACAACUACACCUGUAAUUAUGGCACACCAGAGAUUGUUGAGGUUAUAGACACAUGUUGUGAGGUGGGUGGGGAGGUCUACGAUGACUCACAGACUUGGACUCAAGGCUGCCACAACUACACUUGUAACUCUGGGUCACCGGAGACCCUCUCUGUACUGAAGACCUGACGACAGAAGCAGCUGUUUCACAACAGCUGGAAGCCGAGGAGGAGCAAACAACAACGGAAGAGGAGCAACCACAGUCAGUGCAGGAGGAGGCAGCCGCAGAGGCUCAGUGACUCACCACCCUACUCCUCUUACACCCUCCUCCGCUCCCACCACACACUCACUCUACCACCUCCGCCCAUCGGUGAGUACCAAUUUUAAUGCUUGAAUAGCUAGUUAGGCAGUAAGUGGUGAUGUGAUAAAAAAAAAUACAUAUAUAUGUAUACCGUAUAUAAAUUUGUUAUACCAUAUUGUAACCUGCCUCAAUCUACCUGCUGCUGAAGCCUUGAAUAGAUUCAGUGGAGGAAGUCCACAUUUAUAACCUGUGAUGUGCAACCAUUAAUAUGUAAACAGGAUAUAUAAAGGAGAAAACUAAAGAAUGGCAUGAAUUUCAGGAAGAUAUGUUUAAUUAAUAGUUUCCACUAUUUGUCAGUUUACUAGCCAUCCGAGUGGUUGGUCUAUUACUUUGUUAUGACCUUCAUUAUCCAGUGUUAGUACAGGAGGAAACUGGAGUAGUAUCUGGAGAAAACCUGCCAUGAUAGGUAGUGUUAGUUUAUCAUGCUAGUAUUAUGAGAAAAGAGGAUAAAAGGGUAGUAAUAAUUUUUUUGAUGUGGAGUGUUUAGUGUUUGAGCAGGAGUGAAACACUUUGUUCAGAUCUCAUCAAUUUUAAGAACCCUGCUCAUUUCACCUGGUGAUUGAAUACCCCAAUGCUAACCUAAUGUAAACUUGAACUAAUGCUAACUUAUCUUAACCCAACUCCCGUAUAGCAUUACGGUAUGUAAUCAUUAGAUGAAAUAAGGCGAGUGCCUUAAUCUCCAAGUGUUUGUUUGUUCAACAUAUAAAGAGAAGAAUCCUGUAGAAACUAAAUUUGGGUGAAAAAUCAACAGUUAUGGAAUUUAAAUGUCUGAUAAGAAAUGAUUGUAACUGUUUCAUGUGAAUUCUUAAAUGAUCAGGAGGAAAAGUUUAGAAUGUGUUUGAUAGAUGAGGUAAUAAAUGUUUGUACUAGAGAAUAUACGGUAUAGUUAAAGCUCCAGGAGUUUAUGAUAAUGGUGAAGAUGUAUAACAACAGCUAAGUAUGCUAAAGCUUAUUUUAUAAUAACCACACUUGGUCUACUAGUAUGAGAGUAGUUUUUGAACACGGAAUCUAUACACUAACAAUAAUCACUAUGUUCCCUGUCUCUUGAAUCACCCGGUGGCCGAGGGUUUUGAAGGUGCCUCAAGGGGAUAGUCUAUCCACCUCCAAUAUUCCUAGUGCUUGAAGUCAACUUUUACACCCCCAAGCCAUACAUAGGAAUGGAAUAUGAUUGACAGAUAGAUGGGCAGAUUGGACCAUUUUUCUCUCUUACUUUUUAAUAUUAAACAAACUGCUUC